CUUAAAAUGGCAGAUGAUUUGGACUUCGAGACAGGAGAUGCAGGGCCCUCAGCCACCUUCCCAAUGCAGUGCUCAGCAUUACAUAAGAAUGGUUUUGUGAUGCUCAAAGGCAGGCCAUGUAAGAUCGUCGAGAUGUCUACUUCGAAGACUGGCAAGCAUGGCCAUGCCAAGGUCCACCUGGUUGGUAUUGACAUUUUUACUGGGAAGAAAUAUGAAGAUAUCUGCCCGUCAACUCAUAAUAUGGAUGUCCCCAACAUUAAAAGGAAUGAUUUCCAGCUGAUUGGCAUCCAGGAUGGGUACCUAUCCCUGCUCCUGGACAGUGGGGAGGUACAAGAGGACCUUUGUCUGCCUGAGGGAGACCUUGGCAAGGAGAUUGAGCAGAAGCAUGACUGUGGAGAAGAGAUCCUGGUCACGGUGCUGUCUGCCAUGACAGAGGAGGCAGCUGUUGCAAUCAAGGCCAUGGUAAAAUAG